GAAAGUAUUACCGGCAAUUGAUGGAAAAUAAUGAAACGGAAGUUUUUUACAACGCGCACUCGCGCAAAAACAUAUCGAGAAUAUUUGUCAAUGAACAAUACUCACGACCAUGCAGUUGAGGGCGUAACACCCUUUACGGCUCCAGUACGAUUCCAUUUCGCCGGGGCCGAGCUUCUUAGGGCGAACAAUGGCUAUUAGACUCCUGUCCACACAUCCCACAACUCCUGGAAUUUUUCCACGGCUAAGAUAGCCUUCCUUGGCAGUGGCUUUCUCUUGCGCCGUGGAUGGGAAUCUAACCCAUCCUUUUUCUUUGCCCACAACUGCAAUGGCCUUGGCGACGGCUGUAAUAAUCCGACUGACCAAAGACUGCGACAGUGCAAUCGCUUCUUCAUUCCCGACACACUGUUGAAAGCUCCCGGUGGCAAAAAAUUGCAGCGCGGACAGCACUUUCGUCAUAGUGUCGACACCAUGAAAUGUUCUUCCAGCUCAUCGCAAAGACAUCGCACUAUGUCUUUGGAGAGCCUAAAUUCCUCCGAAACUCUUCUUCGGCCAUGCCGAACACGUCGCGUCGUUGCCUCUCGUUGAGUAGUCUUUCGGCACUCGCCAGCAGCACAACCAAAGGAGUCGCCAUUGCCGUCUCUGUCUUGUCUUGUCUAGGUGCUGUCUCGUCAGCUAGCGUGAGACUAGCCGGCAGCCACGGUUGCCCUAGCAUCCCUCGACAUCAUGGUCGCCACUGCGCGUAACCCUCGAGCGAACCACUUCUCCGCGGUUCCUCUCGUAGCAGACGACGGGUUCCUUGCCAGAUGAUUGACAACCUGUGUGACAACAAAAUCUGUCGUCCCGCCCACCAGGAAUGACAACAACGAAGCGCCGGCCAAUGGACACAUAGCAAAACACGCGACAUGAGGCUAGAAACCAACCAAAACUACCGAAACAGAACUUGGGACAUCGCUGUUGACAUGGGCAUCAAUGCCGAUGUUGCUGUGGCGUUUGCAACGGCGGGAGACGACGACGAAAAUGGCGGACGGCGCGGGCGACGGCAGUGAAGGUGCGACAAUACCUACUGCGUUGUUCUACUCGGCAAGGAGAUUGCCUCGCUCAAGAAGGCCACGUCUCGAAGAUCCGGAUAUUAUCUUUGCUGCAAUGGGCAACGGCGAUAUAUUGGACAUCGACGAUGACUAAGAAGAGGUAGACGAAGCAGGUGAGCUAGACGAUGCAGUGGACGGCGACUGGGACAACCAGCAGGAGCUAUCUGACUCGUCUGACGAGGAAGAGCCGGAUAAAGAGAGCGCUCGAGACUGUUUCUGUUUGAAAAUAAACUUCAGAUUGCAACUUUGUGUUUUGAUUUCUGACAACCUCCAAGCCCUGAUGUCCUAUAUAUAGGACAUGAUCCAAUCUCGAACACCAAUGAGUCCAAAAGGUAAUAUUUGAUUGUAACAUGCUUUUUGUUGGGUGAUUAGAGUACUUAAGGCAAAAAAAAAAAAAAUUUUCCGCGCUAUAAAAAUAAUUCAGGGCUGAAAGGGUUAAAAACUUUGCAUCAUUUGUUAUAAUGAAGAUAUACAAAAUCUAAUUAGAUAUUUGCAAUCAGGAGAAGAAACUGAACAGUACUGUUAAAUAUCAUCCAGUUCGCACUAAAAUUAACAAAAUUGGUUUUGGAACCCACAUCUCCCCUUUCGAGACCCACGCACUCAUAAGAGUGUGGCAGGACCACUUGAGAGACCUGCGGCAUACAAAGAGGAAUGCCAAAGUCUACACAGCCAAUCAAGAGGGGCUGCCCACUGAAGGCAUCGACAAACCUCUCAAGGCUAUAAAGUCGAAGAUAGAAAACUUGGAGAACAAAUACAGGUAAGCAUCAUCAGGGGUGGAAGUGGUGCGCCAUUUGCGCCAUCUUGCUCCAAACUGCUUUCCCUGCGCCAUCCUGCUCUAAAACACAAUUUUGCGCCAUAACUCCGCCGCGCCGGCCACUUCGAUGUUUUACCGUCAAAUUUAGCGAAGCCUAUGGGUUAUUUUUCCUCUCACUGUGGGCUAGCCGAUCUGAUCCAAUCCGAUCCGAUCCGAUACUUCGUGCGAAGCUGUUUGGUGUUGUGUUUGUAAGCUGCUGCCGUUGGAUGCUGGUCGCCUGCAAGCCUGGACAUGAGCAAAAGUAAGUGUAUUGAAGCUACCGAAUCUAGAAAAUGCUACAUUAUAGCAGUUAUGUAACUUAAAUGCUCAGCCUUGAGGGCAGCGCAGACAGGAUUGUCUAAAAGCGAAGCUGGGUGGUCAUGCUGCAGUGGACGAAAAUGUGGCGCCAUUGUUUGAUUUUUCGUGAUAUAUGGUAUGCAGUAGGAAACAAGCUAGUGCCACUUGUAUUUGUUGGUCCUCGCUUGUCAUCAGGUAAGGUUGUCGAGCAUACUAAAUUCUCGAUUAUUUGACCCCCGUUUUCUCAUAUAAUUCGAAAUAGCAGCGCAAAUGGAUCCGACAUAGCAAAUGGAUCCGACAUAGAAAAUGGAAUGUUGAGAAUACGCCCCUGGGCGGUAUUUAGCUGUCUCGUGUGCAGUCUAAACUUUCGAGAAAAAAAAAACCGCAGCAAAGUAUUCUACAAACACAUUUUAGACAUAAAUAUUUAUUCAUGAUCCUAGUAUAGUUGUGGAACUCAAGUGCCUGAAAAUUCUUUCGUAGACCACAGUUCCAGGAGCAACUUUUUUUUACUCUUUUUCAGAACGAUGCACCAAAUUCAACGCAGACGUCCUGACCAAAAAGGAUGGCAAUGGGGACCUCAUAUCCCUCUGGUGUCGGCCAAGUGCAAAAGACAGUGAUGGCUUUUGUACUGCGCGCAACAUGGAAGCUCAGCAAUAAUGUGCCAUGCAACGUCUCUUAAGCACAUCGAAAAUGCAAAAAAACAUCGGAACAAAGACGGGGUCCUAACCAAGAGCACUAUCCUCCAAAGCACCCUAGAUUUCACGAAGAAUGCAGUGUCACUGUCCCUGCAACGAAAUGUUACAAGAGCUGAAACAGUUUUUGCUCUUUCUGUGGUAUCCAACUCACUCCCAUACACUUUGGGAGAUGUGGCAACAGCAACAUACCCCAAUAUGUUCCCUGAUUCACAGAUAGCAAAAGCCUUCCAAUGUGGCCGCAAGAAAGUAUCUUACAUCAUAUCUGAUGGCUUAGGACCAUACUUUAAAGCCAAAGUGCUUGAAGAACUUGCAAAGCCUGAGGUAUUCUAUACCGUAAUAAUCGACGAAACCCCAGUGCACGAGAUGAAGGUGCAGCAGCUGGAUGUGCUCAUCCGGUAUUUCUCUGUUAAUGCACAAGAUGUCGUUGUAGAGCACCUUCAGUCAUUUCACAUGGGGCAUGCCACUGCAGAUGAGCUCUUCUCCUGUGUUGAAGAUGCACUUAACGAACUUCCAAAAAAUAACGUGCUCUGCUUCUUCUCUGAUGGGCCAAAUGUUAUGAAGAGCUUGAAGGGUAAAAUAAAAGCAGAACUUAGCCCCAACAUGAUUGACAUUGGGGAGUGCAGUCUUCAUAAAAUGCAUAACGCAUUUGCCACUGGUCUCAACACUUUCUGCUCUGAGAUUGAAUGUAUUGUCACUGAUAUCCAUCAGUACUUCAGAUAUGCCACAAGACAUGCGGACACCAAGGAUCUCCAACAGAAACUUGGAUUGCCACAGCUGGAGUUCCUGCGGCACGUAAGCAGCAGGUGGCUGCCACUAUUACCAAGUAUACAGCGUGUGCUUAAGCUGUAUGAUGCUUUGAAGUCUUUCUUUUCCAAGGCUGCAGAACCAAGAAAAUCCUCAACUAUAAGGCACAAUCGCCUCGCAUCUGCAUUUUCUGACAACACGCUCCGAGCACGACUCCUUUUUGUUCAGAAUGCCGCCCAGCUUAUUGACAAGUUUCAAACCUUGUUUCAGAGCAAAGAGCCUCUUCUUCAUUUAUUUUAUGAUGAAAUAGUUGCUGUGGUCAAACAGCUGAUGGGCAGAUUUUUGCAGCAGGAGUCGUUUGUAGAUGUAACAGAUUACAAUUCUGAGGAUGUUGUGCUGGAUCACAUCGCCAGCCAACCACCAUCGCCACAGGCAUCAGAACGCAGUGAUGACGCCAUUCUUCCAGUAGUAGAAAUGGAUGCGUGCGAAUGUGGACACUGCCAGGUGCUGGCAAACUUUCUUGAACAGGAGUGCCUGUGCUGUCGCGAGAUGGGUGCACCCGUAACUGUUGCCCAACCGCAGGGUUGCAUCACAGCAUCCGGACUUUAA